AUGGCUGAGGCCUCCUUCAAACAGAUGAUUGCUUCUCUCCUACGUCAAACAAGACCACAAUCCUUUCGCCACGCCAAACCGAGUCGAUAUCCUCAACGACAACUCUCUACUUCUGCGACAUCGUCGCCACAGCCAGCCGAGUCUGAUCGGCCUCAAUGGCAGGCCCAUACUGUGGCAUCCUCUGGAGAACGUCGCACCGAACGAUCGCGUCUGGAGAAACUGCGCGAUGAGACUGACCCACGGCCGUUCUCCUCCUUCCUGACGGAUAACUACUCCAGGCAGCACAACUACUUGCGUAUAUCUGUCACUGAACGCUGCAACCUGCGAUGUCUGUAUUGUAUGCCUGAAGAAGGUGUGCAACUCUCACCAACUGCUCGGCUGCUGACUACCCCGGAGAUUGUCUAUCUGGCGGAGCUAUUUGUCAAUCAAGGUGUGAAUAAGAUCAGAUUGACCGGCGGCGAACCGACGGUACGGAAAGAUAUCGUGGAUUUGAUGCAUCAAAUCGGCCAUCUGAGGAAAUUUGGUCUUAAAGAGUUGUGCAUCACGACGAACGGCAUUUCACUACAUCGCAAACUUGACUCCAUGGUGGAGUCAGGGUUAACCGGUGUCAAUCUGAGCCUGGACACACUUGAUCCUUAUCAGUUUACCAUCAUGACCCGCAGGAACGGGCAUGAUGCGGUUAUGAAGUCGAUCAACCGGAUUUUGGAAAUGAACAAAUUAGGUGCGGGCAUUAAAUUAAAAAUCAAUUGCGUGGUCAUGCGUGGGUUGAACGAGCGGGAAAUAUUGCCUUUUGUCGAACUUGGUCGUGAACAGGAUAUCGAAGUUCGUUUCAUUGAAUACAUGCCCUUUGAUGGGAACAAGUGGUCUGAGAAGAAGAUGAUGAGUUUCGGGGAGAUGCUCGCUCUUAUUCGGCAGAAGUACCCGGACGUGCAGAAAGUCCAGGAUCACAAAAACGACACCAGCAAGACUUACAAGAUCCCCGGCUUCGUCGGCCGUAUUGGAUUCAUCACUAGCAUGACUCACAACUUUUGCGGUACCUGCAACCGACUCAGGAUCACUGGUGACGGUAACCUCAAAGUCUGUCUCUUCGGUAACUCCGAAGUUUCCCUGCGAGACAUACUUCGAGAAUCCAACAACGGCCAGCCCAUUGAUGCCGAGGCCAUGGAAGCGAUUAAACAGCUCGAGUCCGGUCGAAGGACCAUUUCGGAAAAUGGCGCUAAUUUGGUUGUUUCCGAGACCGAGCAGAAAUUGCUUGAUGUCAUUGGUAUGGCGGUGAAGCGAAAGAAGGAAAAGCAUGCAGGAAUUGGCGAGCUUGAAAACAUGAAGAACAGGCCAAUGAUUCUCAUCGAUGAUGGCGUACCUAAAUCUCAAGUGUCAACUUCCUCUGGCAGACCUUCAUUCCCUGCCUCAUCUAUGCAAACCGGCGUAUUCCCGACGUCUGGUAUACCUCUUCACCUCUUGCAUCCAUCGCAGUCGUCUGUUACCUGGUCACAAGUGCGCGGUAUGUCUCAUCUCUCUUCUUCCGCAUCGCCGCCCUCACAGCCCUUGUCGAGUGGUUCGGCGUCCAAGCGACCGGAGCUUCGGCACAACUCGUUUCGUUUUCUUCAAGGGCAGUCGCUUUUCCGAAAGGUACCUUCGAAAAGUCCGAAGAACAUCCCUGCCACUUCAUCGGCCUCGUGGCACGAAAAUCGACAGCGUUCCAGCAGCCGAAACAACAAGGCUGGAAGCGGCCAUUACACUCGCUACUUGACACGAGAUAUCAUCUCACGCCGAACUCCACUUGCACGUCCUGAUCACGCAAAUACCAACUCUCCUUAUUCUACAUCCACUCCUAGCUCAACCUCCCAAUCUGAGCCGGCAGAGGACAAACUUCCCACAUUGACUCAUCUCACCUCGAACGGAGAAGUCCACAUGGUCUCGAUCGCAGGCAAGGUCCCGACGGCGCGAUCUGCCACCGCGACAGCGUUGCUGCUUUUCUCCCGUCCCGAGACGUACAGCACACUCCUUGCGGCGCGGCUGCGCAAGGGGGACGCACUAUCGGUGGCGAGAAUUGCAGGAAUCCAAGCUGCGAAGAAGACGGCAGAUCUGAUCCCUCUCGCACACCCGGGGCUCGGCAUCACUGCCGCCUCCGUCCGUCUGGAGCCGUUUAUGGGCAACAAGCUGCCCUACCCACUGACUCAGAAGUCACUGGGCCUGGCGAACAAGCCCGCCAAGCGUCUGUGUGGCGGCGUCUUGAUCACCGCGACCGUCAGCUGCGAGGGCAAGACCGGCGUCGAGAUGGAAGCCAUCACGGCCGCCUCUGUGGCGGGGCUGACCAUGUACGACAUGCUCAAAGCCGUCGACAAGUCCAUGGUCCUGACCGAGACUCGCGUCGUCGCCAAAUCCGGCGGCAAAUCCGGAGACUGGGCCUGGGAUCACCAGACGAACCAGAUCGUCAAAGCAGACGACCGCGCCGGGCAGGAUGAGAAGGCGCUCGAAAGAGAUUUGGAGGCUCAAGACAGACAUCUCAAGGACAGAGAAAUCCAGGAGAGAAUCAGGGCGCAGCAGGCCGCUGUCGACGGCGAGGGCGGGGAUCUUGAUAGCGGCCCUGGCUCUUCAGGAGAAGAUUCUGAUGCUGAUGCUGAUACUGUACGCCACGCCGUCAAAAGCGGCCCCGUCUCGGCCGAGGACUUUCGCUCCAGCAGAAGGAAACGUCUCGCCCGCAGCCUCGAGGCCAGGCGGUCGCAACAGCGCUCGCAAAAUCCCGAAGCGACACGGCCCCUAGCGGAGGAGCCGCAAGUCCAGUCGACGGCCGCGGGGUCUGAAAUAGGCCCAGAGAAAGCUGAAAAGCCAAUUACUGGCUAGUUCGGAACGUAAGGUCUCGUUUAGGACGUACAGUACUACAUAUGUUAUAUAUCCACAUAAUACUCAAGUACCUAUAUUUCUUCGGGGUCUUGCGCUUAAUGCAACCAUAUCUACAGCGCACACACACGCGUUGAGCCACUACUAGUAUAUCCUUAUCGAACAUUUGGAAAGACGACCAA